AUGAAUCAGAAUCUAAGAAACGCCAUUGUUGCAUUCCUUGCUCCACUUCCUUCUAUCGUCUUCUACCUCUCAUUUCUCCUUAAUUACUCUUCAAUUUCAACUUCCGAGCUUUCCUACAUUCAUUCAUGGUGUUUGAAUCAUCCGCUUCUGUUGGCAAAUCUUCUCUUCUUCUUUAACGUCAAUGUCCUCUUCUGGGUCAUCGGUUUAAUCCAAUCUAGCCACUGGAUGAUCGAUGUGUACUGGACUGUGAUACCUGUAAUGCUGGUUCAUUACUUCGCGUCUCAUCCAUUAGGACAGUACAAUAAGUGGAGAUCCAUGGUUGUCGUGAUUCUGACAUGGAUUUGGAGUAUUAGGUUGACUCAUAACUAUUUCCGGCGGGAAAAUUGGGAAUGGGGUGCUAGAGAAGACUGGAGAUUCAACGAUUUACGGAAACAGUACGGUAAACACUGGUGGUGGCUCUCCUUCUUCUCCGUUUACGUUUCACAGCAGAUAUUUCUCAUUGGGAUAUGUCUACCUUUAUACGUAAUUCAUUCCGUUGAUGCGCCACUAAACAUCUGGGACUUCAUUUCCUCGGCUAUCUGUUUGACGGGGAUUGUGAUGGCAUACUACGCAGACACUCAACUUCACGAGUUUGUAACCGGAAACCAAAAACUCAAGGAGCAAGGAAAGCCUAAAAUCCCGAACCUCGACACGGGUUUGUGGCAUUACUCUAGACAUCCUAAUUACUUGGGAGAGCAAUUGUGGUGGUGGGGAUUGGUCAUAUUUGCUUGGAACCUUGGUCAAGGAUGGACUUUGAUAGGUGCAUUGGUCAAUACUCUCUGUUUGGUCUAUGUAACAAUCCUUGUCGAGCGUCGGAUGCUGAAACAAGAGUACAGAGCUGAAGCUUAUAGAGCGUAUCAGAAGACAACAUCGGUGUGGAUUCCAUGGUUCAAAUCCCAUGCUGCUAAAGACAAGAACAUUUGA